GUUUAAUUCUAUUAUUUAGGUGUUUUGGCAUGGAUGUUAUGGGGAAAAGGCAAUUGAGAGGAAUCUUACUACUGAUGCCGAGGUUGGUAGGGCUGAGGUGUACAUCCGAGCCCAUACAACAAAGGAUAACAAAGUGCAGUUUCCAGAAACCUUUGAAAAAAUAAAAUCGAUUCAAAGUAGUAAUCCCGCAUCUCGGAUGACCAGUGUAGAUGAUGCCCUUACACAGUCAAUUGGGAGUGAUAGUAGAGGGCGCAUGCGGGGGAUAGGUGGAAAUGUAGGCAAGAUUACAUUGAAGAAGACAAUGCCUAUUGUACAUAAGCUCGGUGUGGUGUCGCGGGAACGAGAUAAUUUGGUAGAUAAAUUAGAUGAAAUGCAGAAAAGCCUAGGAGAUCUCCACCAGAAGUUUCAAUGCUUUGUAGAUAAGCAAGGGGAACAAGGGGAUGUGGCUCCACGGACAAUUCCUCCAUUUAAAUCUAGUCAUGCAUCGUCGCCUGAUUUGGUAAAUCUUGGCAAGAGAUGCGAUCUCUGUGAUUGGAAGAAACGGGUAAUUGCUCGUGGUGAGGUGCAUGCAGUGGAUCCAAAAACCCGUGUCCAUGGAGCAGAAAUGGGCGAUGGAAAUUUUAGUGUCGUCCUGAUGGAGAUUAUAGCUCCGCAAUCAGAGCUAUGGAAGGAAGAUGGUUAUCAUGAUACGCUUGGAGAGGUCGGUGUAGGAGGAUUUCUCGUAUGGCCCAAGCUAUUUCUAACCAUCUAUCCGUGAUGUUUAUGAAUAUUAGAUAUUACAAUAACUAACACAAUUAACUUUUGUUUUUAAACUAUACAGUAACAUAGACAGAUGCAUGCAUAUUAUGGAAUCGAAUGAAUUUAACACUCA